CGGUGCCCCCUACUACUUCCUCCUCCAGCUAAGCGCCAUUUUCGGCGUUGUCACGGGACAGAAGCAUGCCGUUGUCAAACAGAUAAUAAGACUGGUAUUUAACGCGUAAGACAUUCUUUUCAGUAUUCAUUAAAAAUGGGAAGAAAAAAGAAGAAGCAGAUGAAGCCAUGGUGCUGGUAUUGUAAUCGGGACUUUGACGAUGAAAAGAUCCUCAUUCAGCAUCAGAAGGCAAAGCAUUUUAAAUGCCACAUUUGUCAUAAGAAGUUGUAUACAGGCCCAGGAUUGGCUAUUCAUUGCAUGCAGGUGCAUAAGGAGACGAUAGACAGCGUACCAAAUGCAAUCCCUGGAAGAACAGAUAUUGAGCUGGAAAUCUAUGGUAUGGAGGGUAUCCCAGAGAAAGACAUGCAGGAAAGAAGACGGACACUAGAACAGAAAUCCCAAGAGAGUCAAAAGAAGAAGAACAACCAGGAUGACUCUGAUGAGGAUGAUGACGACGAUGAUGAAGCAGGACCAUCGGCUCAGCAGGCAGCUGCUGUUCAGCCCCAGGCAGGCUAUGCUGCUCCCAUGGCCCAGCUUGGGAUGCCUCCUGUGACUGGCGCACCUGGGAUGCACCCUGGAGGAUAUCAAGGAUUGCCUCCAAUUAUGCCGGGUGUUCCUCCCAUGAUGCAUGGCAUGCCUCCUGCAAUGCAUGGAAUGCCCCCAGGUAUGAUGCCAAUGGGUGGAAUGAUGCCCCCUAUGAUGCCAGGGAUGCCUGGUAUACCUCCUGGAAUGCCACCUCAUAUGGCUCCAAGACCAGGGAUGCCCCACAUGGCUCCAACCCCUGCAGCAGGAGCACUACCCAGUCGACCGACAGCACCAGCAGCCCAGCCUGCAGUUACCAAACCUCUCUUUCCCAGUGCAGCACAGAUGGGCUCUGGUGUUCAUAGCAGCACAGCAACCGUCUCCUCUCCAUCUGCAGACCUUCAGUCUGUCUCUUCCCAGCCUCCCUUUCCUAACACGCCACAAGCCCAGCAGAGCACUUCAGGAGCUGCAGCUUCAAACUCCCACAGUACAUCGGCCUCCAUCGAGCCUCCCAAAGCAACAUUCCCUGCUUACACCCAACCCUCUGUCUCUUCUUCCUCUUCCACUUCUUCUUCUUCUAACCCCUCUAGCAGCACUGUGGCCAAACCCCCUGCCACAGUGGCCACUAAGCCCGCCACCCUUACCACCACGAGUGCAACUAGUAAGUUGAUCCACCCUGAUGAGGAUAUCUCACUGGAGGAGAUGAAAGCACAGUUGCCUCGUUACCAGCGUCUCAUACCUCGGCCCGGUCAGGCCCAUGCGGCUGCUCCCUCUGUGGCAGCUGUGGGCAGCAUAAUGCCGCCACAGCAAGGCUUGCCACCACAGCAGCCCGGCAUGAGGCAUCCCAUGCAUGGUCAGUAUGGCGCUCCUCCUCAGGGCAUGCCAGGCUACAUGCCUGGAGGGAUGCCUCCUUAUGGGCAGGGCCCCCCUAUGGUCCCCCCUUACCAGGGAGGCCCUCCCAUGGGCAUGAGGCCACCCGUCAUGUCUCCGGCUGGACGCUACUGAAGCAGCAAAGCAGCCACCACAUUAGCUGCUGGAGUUACAUGAACGUACCAACCGCUUACAAAGGCAAGUUUCUCUUGUGAACAUUUGAUUAAUUUUAUUUUGUUUAUUUUCUUUGUAGUGUAAUUGAGGCCCUCACAGCACACUUAGCUGCUGUUGGACUUGCGUCCCCAACCUUGGUUGGUGAGGGUCUCAUUGAUGAAUAUGAUUCCAACUUAGUAGUGUUACAAAUUUAUGCUUCAUCAGUCUCUAGCUUUAUUCUUAUUUCAGGUUUGUUUUUAAUAUUUCCUGCUUAAAGGGUACCUGUAUGCAUCCUUUGUAAUGUUUUAUGAAUCUGUUGUAAUAAAAUUCAUCUUGAAAUCCAA